AUUAGUGUCACAUUCAUCUAUUUUACUUCUUUCUUUCUUUUUUUGUUUCCAUUUUUUUUAUUUUUUUAAUUGAUGCCAAGCUCUUCCUUUGUUCGUCGGUAUAAUUCACCGCUGGUGCAAGUGAUCCUCCUGGGUCUUGUGUGUCUGUGCUGCCCUGGCAUGUUCAAUGCAUUGUCAGGUCUCGGUGCCGGUGGGUCCAUGAGUUCCAAUGUUGCCUUGACUGAUGCAGCCAACGGUGCUCUUUAUGGCUGCUUCGCUAUUGUUGGUUUCUUUGCUGGUUCAUUCACCAACACGGUGGGUGUCAAGACAACGUUGACGAUCGGUUCCGUGGGUUAUGCCAUUUAUUCCGCUGCUUUCUGGGUAUAUGAUCGUAAGCAAGUAUCUGGUUUCGUUAUUGCGGCUGGUGCCAUUCUUGGUUGCUGUGCUGGUGUGUUCUGGUCUGCUCAGGGUUCCAUCAUGAUGUCGUAUCCCGAAGAGAAGAACAAGGGCAAAUACGUUGCCAUCUUUUGGUCGUUGUUCAACAUUGGUGGUAUCUUGGGUUCUGUCAUUGCUCUUGCUUUGAACUUGGAGAAUGAAGCCGGUGGUGUUUCCACGGGUACUUACACUGCGUUUGUGGUGAUCAUGAUUGUUGGUAUCUUUUUCUCCUUGUCGCUCAGUCCUCCUUCGCGUGUGGUGCGUCCCAACGGUACCCAAGUGGCCGUGGCCAAAUCAGCUCAUUGGACCCAUGAAUUGAAGGGUGUUCUCCUUCUUUGGAAAGAAUGGCGCAUGGUCGCUCUGAUUCCCGCAUUUUUAGCUUCCAACUGGUUCUACGCUUACCAAUUCCGUGUGAAUGCAGUGUAUUUCAGUGCUUCUGCUCGUGCUUUGAACGAUACCAUGUACUGGGCUUUGCAAAUUAUCGGUUCCUUAUCGAUUGGUUUCUUGCUCGAUUACCAGGGUUUGGGUCGUCGCGCUCGCGGUCUCGUCGGUCUCGGUGUUCUCUUUGUCGUCUUGAUGGCCGUGUGGGCCGGUGGCUUUGCUUUCCAAUUGACAUUUGACAACAGCUACAACAAUCCUCUCGGCUGGAAAGAUUCCGGAUUCGGUGGUCCUUUUGUCUUGUACAUGAUGUACGGUCUUUCCGAUGCCUUGUAUCAGACCUACCUGUACUGGCUUAUGGGUGCCAUGUCCAACGACCCCUCUUUGCUUGCUCGCUAUGCCGGUUUUUACAAGGCCAUGCAAUCUGCUGGUGCAGCUAUCUCUUUCGGUCUCGAUGCUGUGGAUAUUCCUCUUCGAUGGGAAUGCUUGGUUUGCUGGCUUCUCGUGUUUGUGUCGUUCCCCUUGAUCUUUCUGGUUGCCAACAAGGUCACCGAAACCAAUAUGUCCGUCGACGAAAUCGCUGCCGCGGAAGGUGUGGAUGGCUCUGACAUCUCCGAUAAACACAGCAACUCGUUUGUCGAAGUCUCCGAAGGCAAACCACAAUACAACCUUGCCUAAUUUUGGUCUAUUUUUUCCCUGAUCAUAUUUUUUUCAUUGGCCCUCUCUUCUUUUUUAAUUUGCUCCCGCUACUCCGCUUUUUCCUUUUGUUCCCAUCUAUUUCCCGCCCACUCGACAUUUUUAUACAUAUUUUGUUUCGUACUUUUUUGUCUAUUUUUUUCCCCAAUUCACCCGUUUUUCCUUUAUUGGAUCUAUUCUUACUUUUUUUCCUUCAUAUUAUUCCGCGAUUCUCUUCGUCCUUUCUCCUUCUUUGCGAGAGCCCCUCAAGGUUGUCUAUAGAUUAUAUCUCUUUUGAUGAUAUCACAUGUAAAUUUUUGUAAUAAAAAGAAAAAAAGAGAGUUAUUAUCCAAA